AUGAUGAAUAUAGCAAUGAACAAGAGUUAUUAUCACUCAACAUCCAGUGUUCCUCUAGUAGCAGCUACAACUGGAGACAUGCUUGAUUUGUUCGCAAGAAAAACGCCACAUAAAGAGGCCUAUAUCUUUCCGGUUGAAAAGAUACGACUAACAUUUGCAGAUUUGCAUAGGCAAGUGAGUGCAUUAGCCACUGGGUUUCUAUGUGUUGGAUUAAAACGAGGUGACACUUUGGGUAUUUUGUCAUCAUGUGCACCUGAAUAUAUAUUGGUGCAGAUGGCUGCUGCAACGAUUGGCGUGAUACUGGCACGAUUUCACAUCGCCUUGCCAAAUGAUAAGCUGAAAAAUAGUAUGUUAAAAAGUGAGUGCGUUGCUCUGGUUAUUGGUACCAGUGAUGGUGAUGUAUACAAGCGAUUGGGUCAAAUCAUACCGGAUUUGAAAAAAUCAGGUUCUGGAAUACUACAAACAAAGGAAUUGAAACUUCAACAGAUAAUCACUAACGUUUCGGCAGCUCAAGGCAGGUGGAAAUCUAUAGACCAGGUCAUGAAUAUAGGCGACGUGGAUCCUGAAGGUGGUCAAAAGCUACUGGAAGAAACCCGCAAAAUGGUCGAGUUUGGUGACCUCUAUACCGUUUUCUAUACUUCCGGGACCACUGGGCCAUCAAAGGGCACACUCCAUACAUAUUUAGCAAAUCACAACGCUUACAUAAUGAGCGCAGAUCGAUUUGGAUGGACGACGGAUGACAUCCUACUGUCUGCUAAUCCAUCACUGUCCCAUUGCAAUUCAGAAAUAGCACACAUUGUCCCUGUAAUAUUGGGAAUGACAUCAGUUAUCAUUUCCCCUGGUGCAAACGUGCGAGAUACAAUGACUGCAAUACAAGAUGAACGUUGCACUGUAUUGUUUUCCGGUUAUCGAAGUCUCUAUAACCUUCUACAUCAUGACAACAUAGAUCAAUAUGAUUACUCAUCUCUUCAUUCUAUUCUGACUGGUGGCACCACACUCGCACCAGACUUUAUCAAGAAUAUAAGCACACUAUUUCAAGCCAAGGUGUUAAUUAUUUAUGGGUCAUCUGAGACCUUAUGCACAAGCGGGAGAAAUGUCACAUUGAAUGAAAAAGAAGUUAUUGAUACAGUCGGGCGCCCACUUGGUCACACCGAAGUUAAAAUAGUGAAUGAAAAUGGUAGAAUGGUACCAUUCAACACACUGGGGGAGCUACUUAUCCGCAGCAAUUUCAUAUUUUGCUCAUAUAUUCAGGAUGAAGAGAAGACGAAGAAAGCUAAAAGCAUUGAUGGGUGGUAUAAACCAGGUGAUAUAGCUAAGAUAAACAGCAACGGUUAUAUAACUAUUGUUGGAAAAACAGAAGAUGUCAUCGUGAAAGGAGGAAACAAGAUGUACUAUGCCAUUCUUUUGGACUAUAUUUUAAGUCAUCCCAAUGUCAAGGCCGCUUGCAUAGUGCCAGUACCAGAUGACGAAUUCCAAGAAGACUUCUGUGCUUGCGUUUGCUUGAUUGAAGAAGCUACGUCCUCCUGCUGCGACGAGCUGAAGGAUUUCUACAUUCGUAAUAAUGAUACAUACAAUUGUAUUCCAAAACAUGUAAUGAUCUUUGAUGAUUUUCCGGAACUCCCAAGCGGCAAAAUAGAUCAGAAGAGCAUGUCCCGGGACGUGUUUGCUAGACUGAAUUUGAAUGAAGACUGGCUUGAACAUCGCGUACAGUAA